AUGACGGCCGAAAUCACAAACGGAGCCGCGGCGGCGGUGCCCCGAACCAAGAUCUGCGUCUUCUGCGGCUCUUCGCCCGGCAAAGGGCCCGAAUACCUCGAGGCGGCGCGCACCCUCGCCCGCGCCAUGGCUGCCAAAAACAUUGAUCUAGUCUACGGCGGCGGCACCGUCGGCCUCAUGGGCGAGGUCGCCAAGACUCUCUGCGAGCUCCGCGGCCCCGACGCCGUCCACGGCAUCAUCCCCGAGGCCCUCGUCAAGUGGGAGCGCGACGGCACGUACGCCACCGUCAACGCCGACGGCCGCUACGUCCCCGACGAGUCCCGCUACGGCCGCACCACCGUCGUCCCGGACAUGCACACCCGCAAGAAGCUCAUGGCCGAGGAGGUCUUCGCCGGCGGCCCCGGCUCCGGCUUCGUCGGCCUCCCCGGCGGCUUCGGCACCAUGGAGGAGCUCUUCGAGGUCAUCACCUGGAACCAGCUCGGCAUCCACACCUGCGGCAUCGUCCUCCUCAACGUCGGCGACUACUGGCGCGGCAUGCUCGACCUCAUCGACACCGCCGUCGACCAGGGCUUCAUCCGCGACGCCAACAAGAACAUCGUCGUGGCUGCCUGGGACGGUGAGGAGGCUAUUGCCAUGCUGCGCGACUACAAGGUCUCUGAGGCCAUCUACGGCUUGGAAUGGGGCAAGCAGUAG